AUGAACCCUCAACAUUCCGGAGCGGCUACUCUGCCAAAAGGCUUCCGCUUCCACGAUCUGGACCAUCAGAACCCCAAAACGCCGGAGCCUUUUGCCACGAAUGAGGAGCUGCAGCCACCCUCUCCGCCGCGUCCACGGUUGAGAUUGAAAAGACGCGUCGCAUCCAGCCUCGCCGCCCCUACCUCCCAGUUCCUCGCGUCGGUCGCUGCUGCCGAUGUGCCAAUCCCUAGCAUCGAAGAGCCGGAGUCCUCUGGCGCAAACAAGCAGAUUUCCAGCAUGACAUAUCCAGUCAUCCACAACCUCGGGGACCUGGAUGGCCUUGGAUUUCAGAAGCUUCGCGGCAGACGUUUUUCUCCACCCCGAACACCAGCACCCGGCGCCGCGCCUUCGCUUUCGCCUCAACGCUAUCCCAACUGGUCCAUCGACUCUGCCUUCAGUAGCGGCGAGUCAACGCCCGAGUUCGAGUCCAGCCGGCCAUCCACUGCACGGUCCACCCAAACCAGCGCGUCCAUCUUCAGCCGCUUCUCCCUAAUGUCUGACGAUCUGGAGUGCAUCAGUCCCGAGACCGACGCAUCGGACCACAUUAAGCAAUCCUUCUUUGACAGUUUUGAUGAGCCUGCCGACCCUCCACCCAAGCCCAAGUCGAAGAGGCGGAAGGCUCCUUGGACAAAGGCCAUGAGCGAUCAUCUCUGGGCUACCUACCUCACGUAUCUGCAAGACCCCAAGGUCACACCAUUCCGCACCGGCAAAAGCUGCAUCCCUCCCCACGGCGUGUGCCUCCGCGUUGCAAGGGAAGCGAAGAGGAGUUGGCGAGGCCCCAAAGGCGGAAGAAAGUCGCUGAACCCAAAGAGCGGGAGCAACACGCCAACCGUCGAGACUUGUACCUUUCUCCAGUGGCCACAUACUUGUGCGGCCACUCGAGCGCAUCUGAGGGAGCUGUGUAAGUUGAAAGCGGCCUCGUCGUCGGCCCGGACAUCCCGGUUUCUCGCCAACAGCCCGACGCCUUUCGGCAGGACGGCGGCCAGGUUCUGGAACCGCAGGUCCACUCCGGCUCGGUCCCCUUCCGUCUUCGCGGCGCAUGACAUGUCCAUGUCGCUCACCCUUAGCACUUCAGAAGCUAUGCAGCCUCAAGGUCCUCUGGCACAGCUCACAAAGUCGAGCCCCGAACUUGCUCAGGAGCCCAUGACGGAACCGUUCCCUCUACUAGCAGUAGAGGCCGACAAGCUGGGCAUCCCUCUGGGUGAACGCCCGCGGCUCGGGUCGCCGUUCAUGGCCAAGAGCUAUGGGCCCAGCUCGACCGGCGCGUUGGCUGCUGCCGCGUCCUCGAUGCCGCAAAGGCAGAAUCAGAGCCUCGGCCGCAGACGCACUCUCCAGUCGCCGGCGCGUCUGACGAGAAGCCGGUCCAACACGCAGAAGCGCGUCGGGAGACCCAGACAGGGGUCGCAUGAGCCAAGAAAGACGAAGCGGCCCAGUCUCGUCUCGGAUCUUUGGAUCGAGCCCAUGCCCUCUGAAGCCCUGCCCAAGACACCACUUGAACCGGAUGUCGAGUUUAGCUCGACAGACAACCAUUCGCGCGAUGAUCUCUUCGUGCCUCGGACAAAUCUCGCUGGACUCUUUACGGCGCCCAUGCGGAUACCCUCCUCCAGAUCCCAGCUAUCGGAUUCAUCCGAUCCGUUCUUGGCCCCGCCCAAUGCGCCACCUCCGAGACUGGGAUCGCCGUUUCCUGGGUCCAACACCAGCUUUUCGUUUCCAAGUCGGCUCACGCAGCCAGGGGGGCUUGAUCACGGUACCAUCCGUCCCUUUGCCACAGUUCAACAGUCGGGUGACGGCGGCUCGGCGCCUCCCCGCAACCUGGCUGACCGAUUGGCCUACAUUGACGAACGUCUUCGGGACUUGAGACGGCGUGACACCAACCGGCGCCGAUCCGAAUCCCCAUUUUAG